CUGCCGAUAACCAAGCAUUUCUUUUCAAGCAAAACCUAUCCACUCGACGAUUCUGAUUUUCCCCGUUGCCUUUCACGCUGCACGAUUAUCUUGAUCGGGAUUUGUGUUGGUAUACAGCUUUCCACGUUGAAGACGGACUUCGUCCUCUCUAAACUCCUUUUACAAAGUGGCGGUCUUUUGUCAUAAGCUUUUAUCUAGGCCGCGAUUUUUCAAUGAUUCAAUAACAAUCACUCAAAGUCCUCCCUACGCUCGACCACUGCUUGCAUUGCACAGCAGAUUGGAUGAUACAGGAGUUUCCUAGGGUAUUAUCCUCUUCUUCUAGAAGUCUUGCCUUGCGCAAGCUGAAGAUUGCCCCUCAUGCCCACUCUCGCAGUCACCAAUUUCAACAUCGUCUGCUCGGUCCUCGGAGGGUUUAUCACUCUGUUUGGAUUGGUCUCUUACCUCUGCAAAGAGAAGUUCUACCUCUCUGAAGCCUUGAUAUCUCUCGUCGCAGGAGUUAUAUUCUCCCCACAUGCCACCAACUUCGUGAAACCACUCGAAUACACGGGGUCACAAGCGAAUCUCGAUUCCGUCACACUAUACUUCUCUCGCCUCGUCCUUGGGGUUCAACUUGUUCUUGCUGGCGUACAACUCCCUUCUCGAUACCUGCAGAAAGAAUGGAAGCCUCUUUCCCUCCUCCUUGGCCCGAUCAUGACCACAAUGUGGAUAGCUAGCAGCCUGCUGGUGUGGGCAAUGGUUCCAAACCUGUCGUUUCUGCAUGCUCUGGCAGUAGGGGCUUGUGUUACGCCUACGGAUCCUGUGCUCAGCAACUCUAUUGUCAAGGGCAAGUUCGCAGACAAGAAUGUGCCUAAGGAUCUGCAAAAGAUCAUUGUCGCAGAGUCAGGAGCCAAUGAUGGUCUGGGAUACCCAUAUCUGUUCCUCGCUCUAUACUUGAUAAAAUACACCGGCGAAGGUGGGUUAGGACAAAGUGGAGGAGCCCAGAAGGCCAUUGGGCUCUGGUUUGGAGAGACAUGGGGAUACACAAUUAUUCUCAGCGUUAUCUACGGAUUCGCUGUUGGCUGGAUAGCAAAGGAGCUUCUUCACUGGGCUGAAGAGAUGAAGUUUGUUGAUCGAGAAAGUUUCUUGGUCUUUGCUAUCACGCUGGCACUGUUCAUUGUUGGCACAUGUGGCAUGAUUGGAAGCGAUGAUGUCCUUGCCUGCUUCAUUGCAGGAAAUGCCUUUACUUGGGACGAUUGGUUUCGUCUCGAGACAUUGGACGAUUCCUUACAGCCCACUAUUGACAUGUUGCUCAAUUUGUCUGUUUUCAUCUGGUUCGGGGCCAUUUGUCCUUGGGCUAUGUUUAGAGUCAACGAUGUUAUUCCUCUGUAUAGGUUGUGCUUCCUCGGUAUUCUCAUUCUUCUUCUAAGGCGUCUACCAAUUGUGUUCGCCAUGCACAAACUUAUUCACCAAAUCGAAGAGAAACGUCAAGCAAUCUUCGUUGGCUUCUUCGGUCCGAUUGGUGUAUCUGCCAUCUUCUAUCUGUAUAUUAGCUUGGAAUUCCUCAACGAAAUCACCGUAGAAGGUGUUCAGAGAGCAGAUGCCGCAAAGCUGGCAGAGGUAAUCACGGUCGUCGUAUGGUUCUUAGCGAUUUGUAGCAUCGUUGUCCACGGCCUCUCAAUCCCGCUCGGAAAACUAGGUUUCUUCCUCCCAAGAACGCUUUCACGAAGAUUCACAUCCGAAAGAAACGAAGACCCAGAUUCCUUCCAAGUCGGCACUCAACUUGGAUCCACGAACGUCGCUGGCAACCGAAGACGCAGUAACAAUGAUCCUUCAAACCAAUCCACACCCGUUGGAUCUCGUUCCACGUCCCGAAGACCGAUCUACAAGAUUGGUGGAUCGGUGAUCCGGACUGGUAAUCUUGGGGCUGUGAGUGCGGCUGCUACCACCGCAGCAGCUACACCUAUUGAUUUGGAGCCAGGACGGCCUUCAACUCCUGUUUUACCUGGUAGGACGAUCAGAUUCCCGGACGAGAGUCAUGCUUCGAGCGAACAGGCAAAAGAAUUUUCUGCUCCAUCUUCUGGUGAAUAGUAUUUCGUUGGCCUCCUUCGGUCGUCGAUACAGCGAGGUGUGGAAUCGAAGAGUGGGAUAGUGUAUGAAAGGUACAGAGGUACAUAGCUGAUACAUAUAUAUCUGACUGUCGGCUUCUCCCCUGCUUACGAUGCAGCUAUAUAGAUAGAUUGCAUAUCACACUACAUUGCAUAUCACACUGC